CCGCGCGCGCCAUUCGCUCACAGACCGUCGCGACAGUAACAAUGAUCCUCCCCGCUCGCACCAUGUCCCCUCCGCACGGGGCCUUCCACCCGCCGCAGCACCCUGACGAAGAACCCGUCUCGCGCACCUACCAGUACCGCAAAGUGAUGAAACCCAUGCUCGAGAGGAAGCGACGAGCACGCAUCAACCGAUGCCUCGACGAACUCAAAGACCUCAUGGUCACAGCCCUACAAGCGGAAGGCGAAAAUGUUUCCAAACUGGAAAAAGCAGAUAUCCUCGAGCUGACCGUCCGCCACCUCCACAGUUUAAAACGAAGAGGACAGUUAGUGUUAAACCCCGAAAUGUCUUACGCGGAACGUUUUCGAGCAGGCUUUGCUCAGUGUGCUACUGAAGUGUCACAGUUCAUCACCAACGCAACGGUAGCGGCUAACGCUAUGCACAGACAAGGGCCAGUGGAUCCUCAGGCCGGUGCUCGGUUGUUGCAGCACUUGAGCAACUGUAUACGAAGGUUGGAAGCUCCGCAAGUGGUUCAGCCUCAACCUAUAACACCAGUCGCGAGGCCUACGCCAGUGCAAGCGGUAGCUCAACCUCAAGCGCUUCAAGCGCCUCAACCUCCAGUACCUCAAGCGCCGCAGCCGGUUCCAAGGACGUCCUUGGAGAGGAAGAGACCAGCUGAGGAGUUGAUCGACGUGGAAACGAUCGCUUCGAAGAGACUGUACGCUCCACCCUCGCCGCCUCACAGCCCCGCCUCUGAGACUGACUCCGCCCAGUCGAUGUGGCGACCGUGGUGACCGUCACCGUGAUCUCGUAUGCUCACCAUCCAGGAUUGUGACAACCGUGUGAUAGUUACGAAUGUUUUGUUGUUUGAUACCGUUAACGUUCCUAGAACCGAUGUGUGUUAAUGCAUGAACUCGAUUUUAAUGUUGAAGUUUUUAAUUUAAAUAAAAGUAAGGUUUUGUUUUUUUUUAUUAAACUUACUGUUAUUUUUGUCCUUCCGCGUCGGUAGCAUUUAUGUUAAAGUUGAUAAGUACCGUAGAUAGCGUAGCACCUAAGACAAUACUGUGAUACCUAUUUGUAGUUGCCGCUCGAAUAGGACUGUUAGAAGACAAAAUGUUUCUUAAACCUAAAUCGCUAUAAUAGUGAAUAAAAGAGUUUUUUAUUUAA